CACAUAUAAUAUGACAUAACUUUAACUUACAUUUAUAUAUCAUGAUCUGAUGAUCCAAACAUUGUAGUAUAUACAUAUACAUCAUAUAAGAAGGAAAGAUUAUAAAAAAAACAAUCAUGAUAAUGGAGGGUGAACUUUAUGAAAAACCAAGUAAAGGAGCUAAUGUUUUAGUAGUCUCAUACCCUCUACAAGGCCACAUUAACCCUAUGCUCCAAUUCUCUAAACGCUUAGCUUCUAAAGGCCUCAAAGUCGCCGUGAUCACCACCACUAGCGUCUCCGCCAAUCAACCAUCCAACACCGACUCCUCCUCUUCCACCCUCGAGUUUGUUCGUGUUUACGAUGGUUUUGAGGACGAACCCGACAAAGUAGACGUAGAGGCAUACCUUAAUCGUCUAAGGGAUUCAUUAUGCAAGAGCUUGUUUGGUUUACUUGACUAUUACAAGCAAAAUAGCAUGAAUCUUUACCCUACACCAAAUAUGGUCAUUUAUGAUGCUAUUAUGCCUUGGGUUUUACAAGUGGUUAAAAAAUGUGGGCUUCAAGGGGCUCCUUUUUUUACCCAAUCUUGUGUGGUUAAUACAAUUUAUUACCAUGCUUAUAAAGGUCAUCUCAACACUCCUAAAUAUGGGUCGGACCAUGUGUCCUUGCCUUCGGUCGGGUCGUUGUUACGGGGUCAUGAUUUGCCUACCUUUGUGUCUACUCCUGCCUUAUACCCGGUUGCGUUGGUCAAGGUUUUAUUCGAUCAGUUCUCAAAUUUGGAAGAGGUGGAUUGUUUGUUUGUCAAUACCAUGGAUAUGCUAGAGAAUGAGGCACUAUAUUAUGGGACGGAGGGAGUACAAUAAAAUAUAGGUGACCCCACACGGCAUUUGUCUUCUUAAAAAUUAAAAUAGCAUGUGGACCGUAAUCACUACUCCGUAUUUCCGUAAUACAACAGGGAAAGGGAUAAGAAAUGGGUAGCACUGAGCCACUGAGGGAAAACCGGAAAAGGAUAAGAAAUGG